AUGUCCACAGAUUUGAAUCCGACGGAGGAGCGAACAACCGAACUUUUGGAAUCUUUAGCCGAGGUCCGGGCAAGGAUUCAGGCUGCUUCGCUGCCUGCGAGGUCUCCUACUUUGGUCGCAGUUUCAAAAGUGAAGCCUGCCUCUGAUAUAAUUGCAUGCUAUAAGCACGGCCAGCUGGACUUCGGAGAGAAUUACGUAAAAGAAUUGGAGGAGAAGGCUCGCGUGCUUCCUGCGGAUAUUCGUUGGCAUUUUAUUGGAACCCUACAAUCGAACAAAGCUAAAACUCUUGCUUCGAUUCCCAAUUUGUAUAGCAUCCAGACGUUAGGCUCAAUCAAGGCAGCGACAGCGCUGCAAAAAGCGCUACCGACGGAUAGGUCAUCACCGCUGAGGAUCCUGAUUCAAAUCAACACCUCUGGUGAAGACUCCAAGUCAGGGAUCCCACCACUGACAUCAUCGUCCGACAUUGCAAACUCGGAGGUCGCCCUGCUAGCAAAGCACAUCUUGACAGAAUGUCCAAGUCUCCAGUUGGAAGGCUUGAUGACUAUCGGUGCUUUGGAGCUAUCUCUUACUGCAUCCGAAACAGAAAAGAAUGCAGAUUUCGAGCGGCUUAAAGAAACCAGAGAUCUGUUGCACAGUUACCUGGAACAGAACUUUGGGCAGGUGGGAGAGAAAUGGGGAGAUAAAACUUCGGGACGUCUGCUCUUGAGCAUGGGUAUGUCCAGCGACUAUGAAGCGGCUCUCAAGGCGGGGAGCGAUAUUGUGCGAGUCGGAACUGGGAUAUUUGGUCAAAGGCCGAAAAAAGUCGCAUAA